AUGGCACAGAACUGGCAUGUCGACGGCAGAGAGCGCGGCGCAGUUGGCAACAACCUAUAUCCAUUCUACGACAAUAAUCCCGUUUGGGAGAUCAAUGAGUACCCUUGCCACACAUCAGUCAUUAGUACCAGAGCCUUCAACCACGACACAUAUCUGAUGAGGCAUCCUGCAGGCGAGGCACGCCUACACAACGUCGUUCAGAUUGAUGGCAGAUGCUUGAUUCUUGCCGCAGAACUCACCUUUCAUGACGAGGUAGCGUAA